AUGAGAAAUAUACUUUAUGUAGAAAAAAUUACUAAAUGGAAGAUCAUCCCCUAUCUUAUCAAAUAACCAUCAUUUACGAUGCCAUAAAAUAUAGAAAUUAAUAAUAAAGGAAUAUUAUAACUUUAAUAAAUGAUCCAAUAACAACAAGAAUAAACUCAUACAAAUGAAGACCUAACAAAAUCAGAAUAUAUUAAUACGACUAAGACUCAAUAUAAAAGAUAUUUUACUUCCCUAAAAUUAAAAUAAUAAGAUAGUUUGAUUUCUUGA